CCGAACACUGAUCAAUUCCAAAAUGGUCUCAUCACAUCUCUAUUUAAAAUUAUACCAAAUUUAGCCCUUGGUUUUCUGAGAUCAUUCGUUACGAGGCGUAAAUAGGCUAUUGAACAACAAAAGCACUUUUCCAACGAUUAAGUCCGAAACAGUAUCUAACAUCUGAAAAACAAUUCACUUAAAUGUUUUAAGACAAAAACCUUACUGAAAUAGGCUUUGAAAAGCGACUUGAGGUUUUUCUAUUGAUAACACAAAAUUCUUCGUGAAGACAGGUGUUUCCUAAAUAGUUUAUUGUCUUCAAUACUCAUACGACCAACUAAUAAUAGCGAAAGAGGUCACCCUCAUUAGCAGCAGAAAGUAAAAUCUUUUGAUCAGCAAAACAUAGAAACACCGAGAGGAAAUCCUCAAUAAUUAACGCCCUUUCUCUUGCCACGCCACGACUUAAAUUUGAUGGGAUUAAAUGUUCCCGUUAUAAGCUACAAAAGACCUUAAGAAGACUUCAUUAACGCGUUUUGUUUGAUUUAGCGUGCACGAACAGCUUAAAUUGGGCCAUGGCGGAAAAGAGCAUCUCUCAAUCAGAAGUAAACAGAGUGGUCUCAUCCAAAAAGAUUUUUCACGACUUCCAAGACCGAAUGAUACAUUGGAUGGAUCAAAACUACGGACGAAUACUUGACCUGUUUCGAAGGUUUGACUCAGACAACAGCGGCACAAUUUCAUAUGAGGAGUUUGCAGCAGGUAUGAAAGAUCUAGGUGCUCCUGCCACCCAAGUAGAAAUCUAUCUCAUGGCCAAGUCGCUGGACUCAGACGGCGACAAAGAGAUCGAUUAUCGCGAGUUCAAGAAAAUGCGACGGCGGUUCAAAGCGAGCGCGCCAAUCAAGAAGGCCGCUGAACUAGAAGAAUACGAAGAACCGACGGCUCAGCUACAGCCAUGCCCCAAGUGCAACGUGGGACUAUGGGAACCUGUGGCCGAGGAAGUUACCGGGUAUGUUGUACUGGACUUGCACAGUAUUUCCUUGCAAGAUGUCACCUCUAUUCCGGGCUACAUUAGUUCUCAGGUCCCUUCCAACAUUUCCAUCUAUGGUGUAACCCUGAUCGUCAAGCGGGAACUGGGACCGUGCACUUUAAACAUCAGAAUAUUUCAGUCGAACAAAAAUGGAGAAAAACAGGAAAUGGAGAGUAGCAAGAAACUUAGAGAUUUUGGAUUUCUAGGCAAUUUGCCACCAGACGAACCACAGCAAGUUACGCUGUAUUACGAUUAUGACUAUCCAUUCCUUGAUUGCCCGCUUCUAAUGGCGAACUUUUCUAUCUAAAGCGAGAGUACAUUGCUAAGUUUAUACGUGUAUGUUUUCUACCGUGUCCAAACCUGGUAAGACAAAUUUGGAAGUAGGAGACUUUUCAAAGAUAAACUACCAGGAUUGGCGAGAGGGGACUACAUCGACUAGACACACCACGUGUGGUCUCAAUCCCUUCUCGGCCGAAGUAAACUGCAUGAUAUUCAGUUCAGCACCAUGGACCAGACGAAGAAGAUAACGUCGAGCGGCGUUCGACUUAAAGCAUUGUGUUUGUCUUGCAUUCAAUCGUAAGAUAAAACAAACCAGAAGCCGGACACCUUUCAUGAAGUCCUUGACUCUGAAGGGAACAACUUAUCAUUGGUUGUCCAAAGUAAUUCCGUGAUUGUAUUUGCAGCGCUCUGUGAUUGGUCCAGAAAUCUCACACCAUUUUCUCAUCGUAUCAGAUGGUAGACCUGGUCACUAGCGUUUUCUCAGUCCUGCAUAUUAGUUAAGAAAAGUCAC